ACCGUGAAAACGAGGAGUUCACGUACUUACUCAAUAUGCUCUUAUGUUUACUGAUUUGUUGCUUAUUAUUACAGUUUUAUACAGUUUGUUUGCGAUUUAUACUGCACAGUAAAUAUAUAUUCGAAUCCAUUGUUGUUUAUCAAUUAUCACUGACAAUGGCAUGUGUGGUACCGUAAGUAAAGAUGAAGCGGUAAACGUAACGGCACCUGCCCACGUGUAUCACCUCAAGCUUCAUGCCAUGGAGAAUUCCACUUCUUUGCCGCCACAGUAUGACUACGCAUAUGUGGUUGAGUAUAGAAUUGAGUUUAUCAUCCUAUCUCUGGGCAUAGCGGCGUUACUACUGAGCAUCCCGCUCCUUGUCGCCCUGAUCAAGUUUAUCGGCGCUCUCUCUCCCACGUAUAUGAUCAUCGUCAACAUUCUUAUAUGCAACGUCGGAAUGGAAGUUGUAGAGACGCCUCUCUCCGUCGGUGCUAUCAUGGGAACAACCUGGCUUCAACACCCAAUAAUAUGUCAGAUAUACGCGUUCAGCGAUUUCAUCUUUCUCUGCGCAAGUUUUGCCUACCUCGCCAUGUUUGCCAUCGAUCGCUACAUAAUCUACUGCUCUAGGGAUCAUGGUGGGAAAAUCAAUCACUACUUGUAUUCCUACGUUAUGAUCGCAGUGUGGAUAAUGGCAGCACUGUGGGCAUGGCUACCACCUCUAGGCUGGGGCGAGUAUGUGCCCGAACCGGCCAACUUCACCUGCUCGAUCAACUGGCAGCAGCCGGCGGAUGUGACGUACGUCAGCUUCCUGUCCGUCUACAGUCUGCUUAACAUCGCUCUUCCGCUCAUCAUUGCGACGUUCUGUGUCGGCGCCUGUAUUCGUAAGAGGUUCUGGAGAUUAAGCUAUCCCGCGCCCGAGCUGUUUCACUCCGGCAGAGAUGAAGCUCUGAUGAAGGUAUGCAUGACGCUCAUCGAAACACAUCUGCUUUCCUGGCUGCCAUACUUUGCCAUUUGGUUCGGUGUCGUGUUUUCGGGAGACCCACGCACAGUACACCCCACACUGGCACUCACCGCAGGCAUUGCCACCAGAUUCUGUCACAUUCUAGAUCCACUGGUAUGCGUAAUAGCCGACGCGCAGGUAAGGAACGUUGUGAGAAAGAUGUUCACGUGUGGAAAACUCGUCGCGAAAAGACCGGAAAGGAAAAUUAAGCACAUCACACUUGAGGAGGUUAAGAUGUCGCUCAAUCUGCAACCUGCUGAAAUGCAUCCAUCUGUCCUUUUGUAAGUCGCGUUGUAAUACGAAUAAUAAAAUGUCCGUAAUAGACGUACUUUUCAAAUUUUA